AUGAGUUUGGAAUCCUCCGGUAUACUCCAGGACCAUAAACAUGCAGGGAUUUUUGUGUCGACUAAAGGUGUUGACACUGGUGCUCAGCUCGUCGCUGGUUUGACCUCCACUCUUGAUCCCGAUGAGGCUUUGAGAAUAAGUAUCAAUAUCUUCGUCUGGGCAGUUGCACUUGCAUGUCAUGCAGCAUGCAAAAACUUUGCUGGGCUUCUUGUUGUGCGCCUGUUGCUAGUAGGUGUAUGUAAGGGGUCGAUCACUGCCGGAUUCUUGAUUACCCUACGUUAUUGGUUUCUGAUGAAUGGCACUGCACAAAUCAUUUCUGGUUUCAUCAGCUGUGGUACUUUGCAUAUCAAUACCAAAGGCUUUCAACCGUGGCAAUGGUUCAUGAUCAUCACUGUAUUAAUUACGUUGAUUCUUGCUGUUUCAUUCUGGUUCUUGUUUCCUGACUCGCCUACUAAUGCCUGGUUCCUAACUCUUGACGAGCGGGCGAAAGCUGUGCAGCGCAUUAAGGAAAACCAAACGGGGGCGGAAAACAAACACUUCAAGAUGGAGCAGAUGAUUGAAGCCUUGACCGACCCCAAGACAUGGCUCUUCGCCCUCUUCUCGGCUUUGGACUAUGUGCCUAACUCAUUGACAAACCAGCAGGCGCUCAUCCUCGCUUCGUUCGGAUUUAGCGCUCUACAGACGACUCUAUUGUCUUGUGUUCCUGGUAUCGUUGAAAUCUUGACAAUCUUUACUGGUGUUCGGCUCGCUGCACGACGGCCCAAUUCCAGAGCAUAUGUUGGUGCUAUUUACCAGCUCAACUUACUUCCUUGGUCGAAUCGGGUAUCUGUGGUCUGUGUGCCUGGGUUCGUCCUGUCGUUGUCGUGGCUUGAUGAUGUGACUACUGGUCAUACGAAGAAGGAAGUCGUCUGUCCGGUACUUCUCCUUAUCAUCCGUGCCGUUCUCGUCCGAGAGAACAAGAUCCGUGAUGCUGAGCCUAGAAUCACCGAGGAUGGAAAGCGUGUAGAAGUUAAGGUCGACAAGGAAUUCCUAGAUUUGACGGGUAGGCAAAACAGGGACCUCAGAUAUGUUUCGUAA